UACAGCGGUCUGCUCUACACGCACGCACACACGCACACACGCACACACCAGGCUGAGUUUCGUUUUCAAAGUUUGUAAACAGAAACAUUUCGGCGGCUCAGCUGAUCGACUCCCCUCCCCCGUGUUAAAGGCGAGCCCUGCAGCUAUAUCUAUUUGAUACGCAACAUCAACAUCAGAGCAAAUAAGUGUGAUGUGGUCGUUUUUCUCUUUGAUGGCGUCUCCGAAGCUGCUGCUGCAGCUCUGCAUCAGCACCCUGCACCACAUCUUUGCGAGCGUCUUUUCAAUCGUUUGGCGCUGGACACCAGGAGCCUUCAAGGGAACAAACAGGACAUUGGAGGAAAGGAAAGUCCAAAAUGCAACGACUCCAACGAGUGUCAACUAUCAUUUUACGCGCAAGUGUAAUUAUAAAUGUGGAUUUUGUUUCCACACUGCAAAAACAUCCUUCGUCCUGCCUCUGGAAGAAGCCAAGAGGGGCCUCAGACUUCUGAAGGAAGCAGGUAUGGAAAAGAUCAACUUCUCUGGAGGAGAGCCUUUCUUGCACGACAAGGGAGAUUUCCUGGGGAGAUUAGUUCAGUACUGUAAACAGGACCUGCAGCUCCCCAGUGUCAGCAUCAUCAGCAAUGGAAGUAUGAUCAAAGAAAAAUGGUUCCAGACAUAUGGUGACGAUCUGGACAUCUUGGCCAUCUCCUGUGACAGUUUUGAUGAAGCAACCAAUCAGCUGAUUGGCAGAACUCAGGGCUCAGGGAGGAAGAGCCACCUCGACAACCUCUACAGGAUUCGCAGCUGGUGCCAGCAGUACAAAGUGGCGUUCAAGAUCAACUCGGUCAUCAACACCUUCAACGUUGAUGAGGACAUGACGGAGCACAUCGUCGAGCUCAACCCGGUCCGCUGGAAGGUGUUCCAGUGUCUGCUGAUUGAUGGGGAGAAUGCAGGAGAGGUGGCCCUGAGAGAGGCAGAGAGGUUCGUCAUCAGCGACCAGCAGUUUCAGGAGUUUCUGGACACUCACAGCAGCGUCUCCUGCCUUGUCCCUGAGUCCAAUGAGAAGAUGAGGAACUCCUACCUAAUCCUGGAUGAAUACAUGCGCUUCCUGGACUGUCGAGAGGGAAGGAAGGACCCGUCCAAGUCCAUCCUUGAUGUUGGUGUAAAAAACGCCAUUUGCUUUAGCGGCUUCGAUGAAAAGAUGUUUCUGCAGAGAGGAGGGAAAUAUGUGUGGAGCAAAGCUGACAUGAAGCUGGACUGGUGAAAUUCUGCUAUUCAACUAUUUUGAUUUGCCUUUGCUGAGUGACUGCACUGGUAAUUUGUAAGGGUGAAUACUUUUAUCUUUAUUUAUGUCUGUGACUUUCAGAACUUACCACACCGCUUGAGAAAAACCCAUAAGAGACAAAAUAGUUUUUACACCUUCCCAUUUAAUUAACAUUGUUGUUUCCUUGCACUGCAAAUAUGGAAGCUUGUGACCAAAUAUCAUUUUCUAUAAUAUUGGAAGGUCUUCAUCUUACCCAGUAAAGUGCCUUUAGAUAAUGUUUAUUAAGAUUUGGUGCUAUACAAAUAAAAACUGAAUUUAAUUACAAAUAUUUUACAUUAAAAAAAUGUUUAAAAGUAUUUUAUCUUUUUUUUAUUUUUAUUUUACACUCUAAAUUAUCGCAAAAACAAUAAACUCAUGAUCUUCCAUCAUGGUGAUUUACAGGCCAAUGGUAUCAGUGAGAGACUCUCUGAUGUGGUUCGAUGCCAGAGGCUCCUAUAUACUGUAUAUAUCACAUAUAUAAAUUUUCCAGUGUGUGUGUGUGCUUUAGUUAAGAAGUAGUUUCAGUGUGCAUCAAAGAGCCUAUAUGUUCCUAAUCAACAGUGUCUUGGUAAAGAUAGCAGACAGGAAGCUACAGUGUCUUGGAUUGAUAAAAGAAAACAACAGCUCUAAUUCAGACGAUAAGAUCCCACAAGGUGUAAUUCGUAACUCAUUUCUACUCAAUGAGUGGCAGCAGGAGUAAAAAUGAUGAUAUAUGAGUACACUGUGUUUAAAUGAAGAAACUUUGAUUGAUAUUUGUAAAAUGUGAUAACUGUCAAACGGAGCAGUUCUAAAGUUUUUUUUUUUUU